GAUUUCUUCUUUGCGCUUCGAUUGUUGGAGGAUCAGACGAGGGGAGAGAUAGCAGUAAUGGCGGAAAUUUGUUGUGGAGUUGUCAGUGGGAGUGCUUCGGCAACGUCGUGUGAGCCAAGUUCACGAGCGGCGAGGCGACGGAGAAUGGAGAUUCGUAGGUUCAAGUAUAUCGCCGGCGUGGCUUUGCCGCAGGAAGAUGGACGGAAACGUUUGAAGCUAGAGGUUUAUCCGGAUUUAUCACCGCGUGAGUGCGAGAACGCUGUUGAGAACUGUGGUGGUGCUGUGGAGGUUCCGCAACAUCGUUUGGAUUUAGAGACGGAAGAAGAAUCAUCGGAAGCGAACGAGCUCUCCAAUUCGAUUACGAAUGUGUCGCCGUCUCGGUCGAUCUCAAGCCCUUGUAGUCCCCCGUCUACGGCCCCGAUCGAGUCGGUAAUGUUUGACCAGUGCCCCAAGUACGGCAUCACAUCCGUGUGUGGCCGGAGAAGAGAUAUGGAAGAUGCAGUGGCAAUUCACCCCUCAUUUUGCCCGCGAGAUAGCCUUAAUCCGUCUGGAUUGCAUUUCUUCGGCGUUUACGAUGGCCACGGAUGUUCUCAUGUGGCGAAAUCUUGUAAAGAGCGGCUGCAUCAGAUAGUGAAAGAAGAGCUGGAGAAUCGGGCAAUCACAACAACAGAGUGGAAGGAAACGAUGGAGCGAAGCUUCUCUCACAUGGACAAGGAGGUGUCGAAAUGGAGUAACGGUUUACAGAGCACGAACUGCAGGUGCGAGCUCCAGACGCAAAAGUGCGACGCCGUUGGGUCAACCGCAGUGGUUGCCAUCGUAACCCCGGACAAGAUCAUUGUCGCCAACUGUGGUGAUUCCCGCGCCGUACUCAGCCGUGGUGGGAAGGCCGUUCCGCUCUCCAAUGAUCAUAAGCCUGAUCGGCCGGACGAGUUGGCACGGAUACAGGAAGCCGGUGGGAGGGUGAUAUACUGGGACGGACCAAGGGUUCUGGGAGUUCUGGCCAUGUCAAGGGCAAUCGGAGAUGAUUACUUGAAGCCGUACGUGAUAUCGGAACCGGAGGUGACGAUAACUGAUCGGACGGAAGAAGAUGAGUGCCUGAUACUGGCGAGCGAUGGGUUAUGGGAUGUUGUGUCCAACGACACCGCCUGUAGUAUUGCACGGAUGUGCCUUUCUGGCCAAGCUCCGUCACCUCCUUUGUCGCCGGAGAACUGUGUCGCCGGCGAGAAUUCGUCUGACGCUUCCAUGUUACUGACGAAAGUAGCCCUGGCUAGACAUAGCACGGACAACGUUAGUGUAGUCGUUAUCAAUCUCAAGAAAGACACGUAGAUUCUUCAGAUCAUCUCUGGUUCAGCCGGUCAUAUUUGACCGG